GGGGGGUGGAGGGGAUGGUCAGGAGGGUGGCAAGAACGGAGGGGACGCUUCGCCAUGGAAUAUGAAGUCAAGAAAGGGAAAAAGGGCUUUGUAUCCCCCAUCCGGAGGCUGGUGUUCCCCAAGGCUGCGCGCCGGGCUGCCUUUCGGACCAGUGUGAGUCGCCGGCCCCUGCACUCGAUGCCCCUUUACCCCCCUGACUAUCUCAUCGACCCUCAGAUUCUGCUGUGUGACUACCUGGAGAAAGAGGUCAAGUUCCUGGGCCACCUCACCUGGGUUACCUCCUCACUGAACCCCUCCAGCCGCGACGAGCUCCUGCAGCUGCUGGACACGGCCAGGCAGUUGAAGGAGCUGCCGCUGAAGACCACGGCGGAGCAGGACAGUAUCCUGAGCCUGUCGGCCCGCUGCCUGCUGCUCACCUGGCGCGACAACGAGGAGCUAAUCCUGCGCAUCCCCACGCAUGAGAUCGCAGCCGCCUCCUACCUGCAGGACGACGCGCUGCACCUGCUGGUGCUUAAGACCGGUCUGGGCGUGGACCCGGUGCCAGCCGGCGUAGACGCCAGCCCCGGCGGCGCGGGGCGCGACCCGGGCCAGCCGGGCGCGGCGCCCGAGAAGCGGCGGGGGGGCACCACGGAGCGGCGCCACACCAUCUGCAGUCUGGACUGGCGGAUGGCGUGGGGCGGGGGUGCGAGCGCGGAGGCCCGGGCCGGGGGCGGCGGCGGCGGCAGCCUGGAGCGCCAGCGCGCCGGGGCGCGGGCGUCGGGCAGCUGGGAGCGGCGGCAGACGUUCAGCGGCAGCUGGGAGCGGCGGCACGCCGGCGGCGGCGGCGGCGCGGGCAAGCCGGGCGGCAGCUGGGAGCGGAGGCAGGCGGGCGGCGGCGGCGGCAGCUGGGAGAGGCGCCACCCGGGCUCCAACCCUCUCGACCCGCAGGAUCCCAGCCCCGACGCCUACUGCAACCUUGUCAUCCUGGCCGUGGCCAACAGGGAUGCUGCCGAGGAGUCCUGUGCGCUCAUCUGUCAGGUCUUCCAGAUCAUCUACGGGGACCAGAGCAUUGAGUGCGUGGACCGGGCCGGCUACCACUACACGUCCACGCCUGAGCGGCCAUGGCUAUGCAGCCGCAGUGAGAGCUGCCGCACGGAUGGGACUUACGCCUAUGACGCCGACUUCAGCUGCUGCAGCUCCUUCAAUGGCUCCCAGGAUACAUUUGAAGCGUGUUAUAGUGGCACGUCCACACCCUCUUUCCAUGGCUCCCACUGCAGCGGCAGUGACCACAGCGGCCCGGGCCUCGAGCAGUUGCAAGAUUACAUGGUCACGUUGCGGAGUAAACUGGGACCCCUUGAGAUCCAGCAGUUUGCGAUGCUGCUGCGGGAGUACCGGCUGGGGCUGCCCAUCCAGGACUACUGUGCGGGCCUGCUGAAGCUCUAUGGAGACCGGCGCAAGUUCCUCCUCCUUGGGAUGCGGCCCUUCAUCCCCGACCAGGACAUCGGCUACUUCGAGGGCUUCCUGGAGGGCGUGGGCAUCCGCGAGGGCGGCAUCCUCACCGACAGCUUCGGCCGCAUCAAGCGCAGCAUGAGCUCCACGUCGGCGUCGGCUGUGCGCAGCUACGACGGCGCAGCCCAGCGGCCCGAGGCGCAGGCCUUCCACCGGCUUCUGGCCGACAUCACGCACGACAUCGAGGCGCUGGCCCCCGACGAUGAUGAAAGCACGGACGAGGAGGCCAGGGACUCCCCGGGUGGGGGGGACGCGGCGGAGGAAAACUACCUGUAGCCUCAGACGAAGGGGACGGUGGGGCCGCAAUCCCGGCUGCGUCUCACUGGCUCCUGCU